UGACGUCUUUACAUUUGGUCAAUGUCAGCCAACGCGUGCUAGGAUUAGUCUGUCGGAGAGAUUAGGAAGUGGCGUUCAAGGCAGGGUAGUUUAGCUAGCUGUGUUGUCUGAUUAAAACUGCGAACGGUAUAACAGCACAGCGUUGCAAUUUAUCAACAGGCUUCAAAGACCAGGAACGCGUACAGUUACCUUAGCUAACGAAACAUUUAUCUCAAAGCAUAUCGAAACUAGGUAUUUUGUUUAGCUAACAUGCUAGCUAUCCAGCUAAAUAUCUUCCAUGUCAGCAGUAAAAAAGCAUGACCUAGCUAUCGUUAAGAAAAAAAAACAGUGUACAUACCCUAUGCUGCUAUCAAAUAUUUAUUUCGUGGGCUUUGGGCUCAUGAAUGUUAGUUAGCAGCGUAUGCAAGAGAAGAAGAAUCCUGUAAGUGGAUAACUAGCAUUAGCCACGGAGCUAACUUCGUUAACUAAAGUAACUAGCUAGCAGUCGUUAGUUUGUAAUCGAAAUGGAUUUUAAAGGGUCAUUCAAGACUUCGAGGAUGGUUUUGUCCCUGGUCAUUCUCCUUAUAUUUUUCUCACACGGAACAGCAGCUGAUGAAGAGCUACAGGGGAAUCAUGAUCAUGCUCCUGAAUUGAAGUCUUACCAUGACCCCAACUCUGAGGAAGAAGAGGACCCAGUAGGUUCUAGGAUUGUAGCAGGAAUGGUGACUUCCCCCAGGGAGGCCCCGCAGCGUGAGGGGGAGAGAAGACCUGAUGGUGGGGUUCAGGAGGAUGGGCUAGAGGGGGAAGAGAAGGACUUGCCCAUCCAACCUCCUCCCGUUGCGGAAAGGCCCAAAGAGAUUCCUGUGGUGAAUGGGGGCACAGCCAAUAGGGAGCCCUGUCUGUUCCCCUUUCUCUUCCUGGGGAAGGAGUACUCGGACUGUACCACCGAUGGACGGGGGGACGAACGCCUGUGGUGCGCCACGACCUACGACUACGACAGGGACAAGAGAUGGGGCUUUUGUGAGACGGAGGAGCAGGCUGAGCAGAGACAUGUAGCGGAGGAGGCCGAAAAGGAGUACCAGACUGCCCUCCGCAUGAUCAACGGAACAAACCGGAAGAGUCAGAAGAAAGAGUUGUAUGAGAAGCUAUUGAAGGUGGCGUGGAAAGGCCACCACAAGGCCAUGGAGAAGGUGGCCUACGCCAUGCUGUUUGGAGACUAUAUGACCCAGAACAUCCCCAAGGCCAAGGAGCUGUUUGAGAAGCUGGCCCUGGAGGGCUCCCCCAAAGCUCAGAUGGCACUUGGUUUCUUGUACGCUGCUGGGUUAGGAGUGAACUCCAGUCAAGCAAAGGCAUUGAUUUACUACACCUUCGGGGCUUUGGGUGGAAACCUGGUGGCUCAUAUGAUUCUGGGAUACCGAUACUGGGGUGGUGUGGGUGUGCCCCAGAGCUGCGAAUCAGCACUGACGCACUACAGACUGGUGGCCAAUCAUGUGGCCAGUGACGUGUCCCUGACGGGAGGCAGUGCGGUGCAGAGGGUGCGUCUGCUGGACGAGGUGGAGAACCCGGGCUCUACCAGCGGCAUGCUUGAGGAAGACCUGAUCCAGUACUACCAGUUCCUUGCUGAGAAGGGAGAUGUCCAAGCCCAGGUGGGACUGGGCCAGCUGCAUCUGCACGGUGGUCGGGGGGUGGAGCAGAACCACCAGCGGGCCUAUGAUUACUUCAACCAGGCAGCGAAUGCGGGGAACACACACGCCAUGGCCUUCCUUGGGAAGAUGUACUCGGAUGGCAGUGAGUACUUGUCUCAGAACAAUGAGACGGCCCUGCAGUACUUCAAGAAGGCCUCUGACCUGGGUAACCCUGUUGGACAGAGUGGACUGGGCAUGGCGUACCUGUACGGGAGGGGCGUUCCAGUGAAUUACGAGUUGGCGCUGAAAUACUUCCAGAAGGCAGCAGAGCAGGGCUGGGUAGACGGACAGCUUCAGCUGGGCACAAUGUACUACAAUGGGAUCGGGGUGAAGCGUGACUACAAGCAGGCCCUCAAGUUCUUCAACCUGGCCUCGCAGGCGGGCCACAUCCUGGCCUUCUACAACCUGGCCCAGAUGCAUGCCACGGGCACUGGAGUUAUGCGCUCCUGCCACACCGCCGUGGAGCUCUUCAAGAAUGUGUGUGAGCGUGGGCGCUGGUCGGAGAGGCUUAUGGCAGCCUACCGCAGCUUCAAGGACGGCGACAUGGACGGGUCACUGGUGCAGUACCUACUGCUGGCCGAGCAGGGCUUUGAAGUGGCCCAGAGCAAUGUAGCCUUCAUCCUGGACCAGACAGAGGCCCGGAUCUUCAGUGAGAACGAGACGUACCCUCGAGCCCUCCUCCAUUGGACAAGAGCAGCAGCACAGGGUUAUACAGUGGCUAGAAUAAAGCUUGGGGACUAUCAUUUCUACGGUUAUGGUACUGAUGUGGACUACGAGACUGCUGUCAUCCACUAUAGGCUGGCCUCGGAGCAGCAGCACAGUGCUCAGGCCAUGUUCAACCUGGGCUACAUGCAUGAGAAAGGCCUGGGCAUCAAACAGGACAUCCACCUGGCCAAGCGUUUCUAUGACAUGGCUGCCGAGGCCAGUCCCGACGCCCAGGUGCCCGUCUUCCUGGCUCUGUGUAAACUGGGCCUGGUCUACACCCUGCAGUACAUGCACGACCUCAACAUGACUGAGCUGGUCAGUCAGGUGGACCUUGACCAGCUCCUGGGCCCCGAGUGGGACCUCUACCUCAUGACGGUCAUCGCCCUGCUUCUGGGCACCGUCAUCGCCUACCGCCAGAGACAGCACCAGGCUGUGCCCCCGCGGCCCCCUCCUCUCUCGGCCCCAGCCAGGCCCCCCCAGGAGCAGCCCCAACCUGAGGACCAGGUUCAGCCCGAGGUCCCACCCCAGGACGAAGAGGAGCAGCAGUGAGAAAUUGCUACUAGCAUAAGAGCAAUGACUGGAAGUCUAUGGGAACAGCUAAUAUGCUAGCUGUUCCUGUAGACUUCCAAUUAUUGUGCUAACGCUAAUUAGCAUUGGCUCCCAAAAUUACUUCUAACUUCCUGCAUACUGGAAGUUAGACAUAAAAAUGGUGUCCACAAGUUAAUCUGACUGAGGAAGUAGAUGAACGACUUCAUUGCCAAAAUCCCGAACUAUCCCUUUAAUUAUUGUCCAAUCUGUAAAUUAAACAGUCUUGUUUUGUGUGCUCUAGUAGUGGUUACCAGAUAUUUUAUCUGAUUUUUCUUUGCGGAUUUUAUGUAGGUGUUUAAGGUUGCAACUUUCCUUAUCAGCAAAUACGAUACCAGAACAAUACACACACCUUGCAAUACCAACAGAUUUGAGAUUGGCAGCAAUUGGAACUUGACACGUGAAGUUAGCUUCAUCUCCUUGUCUUUAUGAAAUUAUUUGUUAGGGAACACAUUCUAUAAGCAAAUAUUCUUUAUCAAGCAAGUUUUUUUUCCAGCAUGCUUUUUUUGUGCAAAUAUUUCUUUAGCAAACAGGAACUUGUUUUGUUAGCAAAUGUGCUUUGUUAGCACAUUAUGUUGAAUUAAUGAAGGAAACAUAAACUUGCUAAUUUAUUUGACAUCCAGUAAAAACAGAGCUGAGCUUUGGGCAGCCUUCUUGUUUGAGUAGAACAAGUAAUGAAAGGUAUUAUUGUCACUUGUCAGUCAUUUGAGCUCUGCUAUGGUAUGGUCAGGCAAAAAGUUGGAUUCUUGCGCUUUUCUCUAUAUAAUAAGGAAAAUGUUAUGGGGAUAUUGCUGAAUGCCAAUCCCAACCAUAGAUGAUCUCUUACAGCCAAAAUCCUGAGAAAGUGCUAGGUUGAAGAAACUCUUCAGUCUCUACACUGUAUGUGCCUGAGAGGUGGGGCACACAGCUGAACAAUUAAAGGUACACUCAGCAGAUUACAUCAUCAACAGAAGGACAUUAUGCAACAGCAGAAUUCAAAUCUGCCGCCAAGAAUACCAUUAUUAAACAAACGUAACAAUUUGCAUCCUCCUUUGUGGUACACACACAUUGGGAAUAGCCAAUAAUGUCAGUCUUGGCAGAUUUUUAAUUCUCUAUGUUGUCUGUAAGUAGGAAGUUGCCCCAUUUUGUAUGAUGAUGUCAUCUUGCUGAGUGUACCUUUAACCCUUUGUGGCCUUUUUUUUUUUUUUUACGGCAAACAUAGAGAAGAAAUGUAUAUUUUUUUGUCUACUGCACUCUGCACAAUAUAUUACCGUAAAGAGUAGCAUAUCUUAAGAAUUGUACAAUUCUCUGUGUUUGUUUGUAGUCAGUCUACAUUGACACAUGAUUAUCUUAUUGUAGGUACAUUUUCGGGUUGUUCCAUCUUCUAGUAAUUGGUAGUACGUUUGUGGCACCAUUGUUAAUUUAAUUUUCUCCUGUUUAAACUGUUUGGUUUGAUAAGUCAAACAGAAGUUUAACUGCGACAGGAACAGAGAUGGCGGCUCUCGUAAUCUCCGGUGACUGUGUAAUGUUUUUGUUAUAAUUUUAGGACCAGUUACCCUUCGUGUCAUGUGAAGACUCAAUAGAAGAAAGCAUUGACUUUUUCUAACUAUUGACUUUGUUAUAUACAUGGAUCCACUCUCAUGGGCUGUAUGUAUAAUUAUUUUGGAGUCGGAGUGCUGAUCUAGGAUCAGUUUCUAGUUUUAGAUCAUAAUUAAUAAGACUAUAUUAUGAACAGGAGGGACCUGAUCCUAGAUCUGCUCUCCUACUCUAACACACUUGACACAUUUGGCCCCAGAUCUUCAUAUUUGAGUGUAAGGUGACAAUGGGAAACGCUGUGUUUCAAGGUAAAACAUAAUUACAGUACUUUAAGCAAGAUGGGAUGGGGUAUAAUACAACUGAUGUAAAAAGAGAACAUUCACGGCCUUUAUGUGCUAUUUCCUGGGCUGUGUUCAUUGGAGCACGCACUGGAAAACGUUUUUUUUUUUUUAAUCUAAAAAUGUGUAAUAUGAAAGGUCCCUCUCUGUGUCAGUAUGUUUUGUUCCAUUUGGUGCCCAAUUUAAUUUGCCAACGGAGGAUAUACCCGUUGCAUAAUGUAAAGAGGAAUACACGUGUUUAUAUAGCAAUACACUAACGUUCAAUGUAUGAACCAGUAUAUUAAGAACAUAAUGGGAUGUUAAGAGAAUGAUUCAGAUUUUUCAUGAGAAGUUUCAAAUAAGACUCAUCACUCAACAAAACGCAACAAUGAUGUCCUCUGUACUCACUUUGGUUUGAAUAUGAUAUCAACACAAGUAAUAAAAUAACAGGCUACA